CACAGAUUCUACGAUAAAUGAAGUUGAUCUUAAUUGUUCAUCAAUCGAUGAAGUAAAACAAUUAAGAGGGAGAUUAAGCUUAAAAUUAUUGAUGACUUUGGACCCUUAUAUAGAGACCAUUUUACAUCAAACGCCUUUCGUUACUGGAUAUCAUAUGACUUCGCAGGAUAAAUGGUCUAGGAUGGGAAUUGAAGGGUUUUUAUAUGUAGUAACAAGGACAAAGAGUCCCAAAUAUAGCUUUAUUUUAGUGAAUAAAAAGUCAGAAAAUCAUCUAAUCGAGCACUUGACUCCAGAAUUUCAAAUGAAUUCCAGUGGAAAUUUUAUUUUUUAUCGCAGCUUAGAUAUAACCAGAAAUUUUCUGAAUAAUCUACAAGGAUUAUGGUUCUUUGAUGAAAACGAGUGUAAAUUAACGUACGAAAAACUUGGUGAAAUUACAAAUAGAAAGUCGACUCUAGAUUUCAAUAUCAACGCCAUAAGUUCACUAUGCAGUGAACUAAAUGAAGUCAAUACUCUUAAUACAAAUACUCAGUCCAAACCAGAUGCUAGUCCAACAAGUCAAAUAAAAUCAAUUGGUUCAUUUAUACUUAAUGCUAUAAACUUUAAUAAAUCGGUUUCUAACGCUGAUUCUAAAACUUCCACUAGUCCAAAAGCUGAUACAAUUAGUAUUACUAAAAGUAUCUUUAAAACAAAUGAAACAAGUAAUCAUGAGGAAGUGGAGAAGAAAGCUGAGAAAUUGGAAGUAGAGUCAAAGAACGUUCAUGGAAAACAUCUAAUGAGUUUACUAAAAACAAGUAAAAAUGAGGAAAAAUCACCUAAACAACCACCUAAGCGUGCACCGAAAUCACCAGUAAACAGGCCUGAAACACCUCAAAGUCCUGAGACUCGAACAGUAAAAGUUACAUACGAGGGCUUAAAGAAAGUAAUUUCUGAAGUUGUACAAUCUGAAGAGUUCAUUUCACUCAUUUGGAAAAAAUUAAAUCAACACAAUCCAUAACACAAUAAUGUAAUAUAACACUGUUA